AUGCAAAGCAAAUAUAUAAGUCAUCACCAUCGAAUAAAUCGUUUGAUUUCAAUGGUGUAAGCACCACAUAUACAUUGGUUACAUUAACAACUGUCAAAUCACUGUAAAACAGUAUUAAUUGACGUUUACGUCACCAAAAACGGCUGAAAGUAAAUAAAAAAUGUGUGUUUCUUAAAAUUACAAAUUGAAAAUCAGUCUUAAAAUUAAUGAUACGGAACGUUUUCUAACUAUGGGAAACGAUCAAUCGCAUAUAAAAGGAUUGGAAGUGGAUAAAAAAGCCAUCGAUUCAACAGAUUUUUGGUCUAUUUACAAUGGUGAAUUGAAGAACGAAAACAAACCAACAACAGCGAUAACAAUAUUCCAAGGUGAACAAGUUGUAAAAGGCCAGUUAUGGACAAAUAAAAGCCCACUGGAACGUGCAACUCGAAAUUUCAUGCUUUACCGUCAUCCAUCAAUUUUACGAUUCAUCACAUCAUGGGAAAAAGGAUCUGUACAUUAUUUGGCCACGGAACGAUGUAAACCAUUGUCAUUGGUACUGGCCACACAAAAUGACACACAAAUUUGUCUUGGUCUUCGAAAUAUUUUAUGUGCGUUAAUAUUUCUGGUUGAAAAAGCGAAUAUGUGUCAUUUGAAUGUAUGUACGUCUUCGAUUUAUGUCAAUUCAAACGGAUCCUGGCGCUUGGGUGGCUUUGAACAUUUAUGGUCUAAAAAAGAGGUUAAUCAUACAUUACUCGAACGAUCUCAGCCGUAUCGAUACAUAAAUUGUUUGGAUAAAGAUGAAACCAAACGUGAUACAAUUCAGGCAAUUGAAUCAUUUGCUUUUGGUGUUCUCUGUGAAGAAAUACUGAGCAAUCGAAAAACUAGUUCAACUGAAUUUCGAAAAUUUUGCGUUGAACACUUGAGAAAUGCAAAUGCCAAAGCAAGACCAAGUUUGUCAGCGAUUCUUCAACAUUCCUACUUUAAUCAAGACUUCAUAUUAAUACAUUCAUUUUUAUCAGAGAUUCCGUUGAAAAAUCAAAUGGAAAAGCAGACAUUCUUCACCGGCUUGGUCGAUCGGCUUCGUGAAUUUGACGAAUGUGUAAUUGGAACCGAACUCAUGGAUUUGAUACUAUCACGAAUCGUUUUAUUGGAUGAGACUGCUAAAUUAUGUGUUUUACCAUUUCUACUGCAACCACGUAUUGAUUGCGAAUCAAAUUCAGCUCCAAUCACACCGAUAUUUUCACCAACCAAUUUUACAAAAUAUGUUGCGCCCAAGAUAAAACAAUUAUUUUUAGUGAGAGAUGUUCAAAUUCGUUUGGUUUUACUAGAAUAUUUUGCCGCAUAUAUGGAUCAUUUUCCAUCGAAAGAUGAAUUAACCAAACACAUAUUGCCUCAACUUUUGCUUGGUAUCAAAGAUACAAACGACCAAUUGGUGGCAGCAACGCUACGCUGUUUAGCUGAUUUGGUUGCAAUUUUGGGUUCAUCUGUUGUAAUUGGCAGUAAUCGUUGUCGUAUUUUCUCCGACGGAAAACCAUUUGGUACUGGCGAAAACCACUUGACACCAUCUGUAAAAUGGGCUGAAGUGCGAUCGAUAACACCUGUUAUGAAUGGAAUUGGUAUUUGUUCGGAUAUAUUAAUUAAUAGCAGUCCUUUACCGACGGAUACCGGUGAUAGCAAUUGUGGUGGUGAUGUUAGUGAUACUUUUGUUUCGAUAGUAAAUUCACACUCGGUAAAUGUCAGUGAAAAAGAAUUAAUGCCUGAGCGUCUGUCCCCAGACGGAGCUGCCGUUGGCGAAGACAAUAUUCAGUUGCCAAAUGAAGAAGCUGACCUUGACGAAGAUGGCUGGAGUGACUGGGAAUCUAAUGAAAUACAGACAGAACCAAAAGUUUUUGAAGAAAAUUCAGACAGUUUAAUUAAAGUCAUGCCAACUUACCAAAGAAAUCUAUCAGUCAGUAGCUCAAACAGUACUGCAACAAAUCAAAAUACGGAGAGCUUCAUAAAGGAUAUUAAAGAUAUUGAAAUUAAACCGAUAAACAAUCCGUCGAAUGACGAAAUUGACGAUUUAUUCAAAGAUAUGGCACCAGUCAUAGCACCAUCUUCAACAAUAACACUUUUGAGCAACUUCGGAACUGCUACAAUGGAAACAACUUCAUCGAUAGAAUAUAAUAAAAUAGAUAUAGAACCAAAUCGAUUUGCUGUUACAACUAAUUUGGAUGACGACACAGUCGACGAAGCUGCCUGGGGCGAUGAAGAUUGGGAUAAUUAAAGUCAAUUCAUGUUUUUUUGUUUUAUAUUUUAAAUUUAAUGGUUAAUAAUUGUCACGAUGACAUGUAUUUUGAAAUACAAAACAGCUAAUAUUCUCAAUAAAUAUUGAACAUAUUUUGUUGCGUGUAAAAAAUA